AUGAACUUGUUGUCCCUUUUUCUAAUGAUAUUCCUGGUCAACGCUCAAACGAAACGUUGUUUCGUGAGCCAUAAGAACAUUCGGAUAUCCUGUGGGAAAUCCAUUGACACGAGGUGAAUUUUUUCUUUUCAUUUCCUUUAAUUUUCACACGUAUUAUGGCGAUUCAGAACUGCAAUCACGUUGGAAGAGUGUGAAAUUGCGUGCAUCCGGUACAACACGCUAUGCCAAACAGUACAGUACGAUUACUAUAGGAAUGUGUGUGAAAUAUUCAGUGUUCCGUCUCCGUUGAAAGUGAACGCAUCGAGUGAGUUGUGAAAUUACCAUUUCGCAAAAGAUCAUUUCCAUAUUUCAGCUGCUGAAACAAUGCGAAAGCGAGAGAUUGCUCUGGGGUAA